CCUCCUCCUCAGUCUUGCUCCUGCAAGCAAAAAAAAAAUAAAAAUGUGCGGCGGUGCGAUCAUUUCCGGCUACGUCGACGAGAAGAGCGGCCGUAAGUUGAAGGCCAAGGAGCUCUGGUCGGAGCUCGACACGCUCUCCGACUUCCUCGGCUUCGGCUUCCCCGGCAGCCACGAUACCAAAACCCUUAAUCCUCCCCAUCCAGAUGAAGAUAAAAAGGAGCGGCGGCAGAGAGCGCGGAAGAACGUGUACAGAGGGAUACGGCAGCGGCCGUGGGGGAAAUGGGCGGCGGAGAUCAGAGAUCCGUACAAGGGCGUCAGGGUCUGGCUGGGGACCUACAGCACGGCGGAGGAAGCCGCUCUGGCUUACGACGGCGCCGCCAAGCGGAUCCGCGGCGACAAGGCCAAGCUCAAUUUUCCGGACAUCUCCGCCGCCUCGAAAUUCCCUCCGCCGCCGCAGACGGGCGGAGAUGAGGAAUCAGCAGCAUCUUCCGAUUAUCAACCGCCAGCCAAGAAACAGUGCUUCGCCGUCGGAGCCGAACUUCCUCAUCCUCCUCCUCUGCUGGCGGCGCAACCGUUUCUGCCGGCGGCGGCGGAGGUUGUGAGCAGGCCGUACGAGCUGGAAGAGCAAAUCUCGAGCCUGGAAUCGUUCCUGGGGCUGGAGCCGGAGGUAGCGGCGGAAGGCGGCGGCGAAGAAGUGACGGUGGAUCUAUGGAUGCUGGACGACCUGGUGAACCAGUACCAGUACCAGCAGCUGCCACGUCAGGUGGCUUACUGA